CUAAAGGAUAAAACUGUUAAAUAAUUUAAUUUUAAGUUUAGAUAUUCUUAGAAAAAAUAUUAUUUCUUAGUUUCAAAUUAUGAAGACCGUUUCCUAUUCCUGAACUCUUUAAAUCCAACAUGAUUCACGACGCUCUUUUAGUUUUGUGGGAUUGUUCUCAAGUAACAGAAGAGACAGCCAAAUGUCAGCAUUAUGCCAAUCAAGGAGAUUCAGAUGUCUACCAUAGGAUAUGCGAAAUUGCAAAGAGCCAUCACAGGAUUCAAAUCUUUGUGGAUAGCAUGAGUUUUCAUUGUAGAAAAUCACAUUCAGCCUCUUCCCGUACAACCGGUCUUUACGCUCAAGCUUUGAGUGAGGGCAUCACUGAGGUGCUCCAAUCCUACAAGAAAACUCUUCUUGAAGUGGAAGGACUAGUGAUGGGGAACCAUACCUACACAUUGUCAUUUGCCUAUAGUUAUGUUGAAAAAUACCAGGGCCUCUUUAAUACUUUAAACAGACUGAUCUCUACUAUUAAGGAAAGAAGACUGAAUGGAUGCCAGAUUUUGAGUUUGACUCAUCAGUAUAUAUUGAAUGGCAAUGAAAUGGUUCAUGAUGCUAUAAUUAAAAUCUUUGCAUACAUAAACAAUGUAUUCAUGAAUCAACUUUGCACCUGGCUGUUGUAUGGAGAACUAAGAGAUCCCUACCAAGAGUUUAUAAUCAUAUGCAGUAGAGAUGAGACUUCUGACACUUUUCUGUCCACCACUCCAUCAAGCACUAACACUGAUAAGACUCUUUUGAACAGCUUGCAGGAUACCUCUCUGGACUGUGGCUUCAUAUUGAACCCUAAAAUGAUACCUCAUUUCAUGCCACUUUCCCUCGCUCAGGAAAUACUAUUUAUCGGUAAAACCAUAAUUUUAUUCGGUUUUGAUCCGCAAAAGAUGAAAAAAGGUACUUCAAUGAAAACCCGGCCAAUGCUAUCUUUAAAGAAGUUUGGAGAUUCUAGAAGGUUUACAAUUUGGGAAGAUAAAGAAGCGGAAUUCCAUGAGAAAUUACAGAAAUUUAAAGAUCCUGAAUUAUUUGAGAUCUAUAACCUAAGAAAUGUAGUGAGGGAGAUCAAUGAGUGUGUUACUAAGCACCUUUGGACAGUAGCUGUGGAAGAGGCACAGUUGAUCCACGAGCUGCGACUGAUGAAGGAUUUCUACCUGUUAGGCAGAGGGGAGCUGUUCCUGGAACUGUUACGACUCACUGCACAUAUGUUAGAGAAGCCCACAACUCGAACUGGAACUAGAGAUAUGAACCAUGCAUUUCAAUUGGCAGCGAGAUCCGUGUUUCUAAGCAACAGUGCGGACAUUGAAAAGUUCAGCUUUGAACUGCCCUAUGUGAAGCCGAACACGUCUGUAAAUUCUACGGUGACAGAGGAAUCUUAUUCAGCCGCCGACGGUUGGUCCAGCUUAAUCCUGAAGUAUGACUUCAAGUGGCCUCUGCACUUGCUCUUCACGCCUGAGGUGCUUGCCCGGUACAACGACAUGUUCCGCUUACUGCUGAGGAUUAAGAAGACACAGCACGAUCUACACUCGCUGUGGAAGACUUAUAAGCAGUCUUCAAAUUUCGCCAUGUGCCAGCUCCACAACAAGCUGAUGUUCCUCAUAAACAACCUGCAGCACUACAUGCAGGCCGACGUGUUGGACACGUCCUAUUCCAAACUCAUGGACGCCGUCACCAAGACCAACGACUUCGAGAAGCUGAGGAAGGCUCACGCGAUAUUCCUCGCCGAUGUGUUGAGCCAGUCCUUCUUGACGAUUACUUCUUCAACCAACAGCGAGUACUCCGGCUCAGAGUCAACGGACUCCAUCAACAACCCCGUCUUCUGCAACAUUAUGGAGCUGCUCAAACUGUGCCAUUCCUUCUGCAGCAUGAGCAAUUCUGUUACUGAUAAAGAAUCUGAGGACUAUUACAUCAGGGGAUACUCUGAGAGAUUCAACAAAUUAGUGAAGCAACUAAUGCAACUUCUCCUAUCGCUGCGAGACCGGCCCUGCGGCAUUUACCUCGCUCGUCUACUGAUGCGUCUGGAUUACAACCGGUGGAUAAGUGGAGAGGCGCAGCUCACACAGUCUCUCACCAAUAUGCUACGAUCAGAGUUGGGCGUUAUUUAG